GCAAGCGACGGUUGAAUUGCCCGGGAAAAAAAUUUAGGCCUGAGAAUUGUUGUCCAUUCCCUCCCACAGCCCCCUGUGUGUGAGAGAGCUGAGGGCGCGUCACACGGGCAAUGAGGAGGAGUGUAAUGGACCAAACCGUUGUCUUAGGCGAACCCACCAACCUCCAACACGUUGUCGUUUCCCUGACACUUCUCAGGCUCAGUUGCAGAGACGACAAAAAAAAAUGCUUAUUAUUGCUACCUUCUGUGGAGUUAUAAUGAAUGUCAAAAGAAAGUUCAGAAUUGAUUAUCAAUCUCAGGUCCUAGAAAAUGGGGUACUAAUAGGAGCUUGGGAACUGGUGUUUUACUCAAGUCUCAUGACAAUGUUCAAGUGUAUGGAUUAGGCUUCUAGUAUACAACUUCAAGAACUCACUGGUAGGAUAAACUAUAAGCAACUCCAGAUGCAUCAACUGAUGUCCGUCCGCCUAUGGAUGAAUAGCUAUGACUACUUCCCUUUUGAAUUUGUCAUCUCCAUGUAUCUUUCUCGAGUCUUUAUGUAUUAAAAUUGUUUACAAAACCAAUCCUGUUCAUUGUACUAUGUAUUUCAUUGCAGGCAUUAAAUGCUACAACAAGUUACCUCAGAAGCUUCAACCGAAGUAUGGUGUUGUCACAUGUUCAGAGGGCGAAUUGGCCAAGAACUAGUCACAUAUAUAUCAGGAAGAAGUUUUGUUUUGUAGUUGGUUGCUCGUGCAUGCUGUUUGAGUCGAGUGAUAACAAAGUGAAGAGUUUGGUGAGUGGUGGUUAGUACUGCUCGCCGGUCUCUCUACUCAAGAGUGAAAGGCAUAGAAUCACAAGUGGUGAUGGUUUUAGGAGUGGGAUCAAUGGAGUUGGGUUCAAUGUGGACGGUUCUUUUGUGCAGUACUAGCUUUGUUGGUGUUUUUCUGACCCUGCAGUGGCUUCUGAUGAAUGUAAACCGGUGGCUCUAUGAAACACCCUUGGGCGAAAAGCAGUACCGUCUCCCACCUGGUGACUUGGGUUUGCCUUUCAUUGGCAACAUGUGGUCCUUCCUCAAAGCCUACAAGUCCACUAAACCUGAAACCUUCAUCGACUCCUUUGUUUCCAGAUUUGGAAAAGUUGGAAUCUACAAGGCUUUCAUGUUUGGGAGUCCCAGUAUCAUUUGUACAGUGCCAGAAACAUGUAGAAGAGUUUUGACAGAUGAUGAUGCAUUUAAGCCCGGUUGGCCUGCUUCCACCGUUGAACUCAUUGGCAAGAAAUCAUUCGUUUCCAUACCCUUUGAAGAGCACAAGCGUCUGAGAAGACUAACAGCAGCUCCGGUCAAUGGUCAUGAAGCAUUGUCUAUGUACAUACCAUAUAUUGAGGAGAUUGUUAUAUCUUCUUUGGAAAAAUUGGCCACCAUGGGACAGAUGGAGUUUUUAACUCAACUCAGAAAGAUUACUUUCAGAAUUAUUAUGUUCAUAUUUCUUAGCACAGAGACUGAGUCUGUGAUGGAGGCUCUAGAGAGGGAAUAUACAGAACUGAACUAUGGAGUUAGAGCCAUGGCAAUCAAUAUCCCGGGAUUUGCUUACCAUAAGGCACUUAAGGCUCGAAAAAACCUUGUUGCUAUUUUUCAAUGUAGUGUAGAUGAGCGCAGGGCCCAAAAGAAGGCUGGCAAUUUCUUCAGAAAGAAGAAAGAUAUGAUGGAUGCUCUGCUGGAUGUUGAAGACGAAGAUGGAAGGAAACUUACAGAUGAAGAAGUCAUUGACAUUCUGCUAAUGUACUUGAAUGCUGGCCAUGAGUCUUCUGGCCAUACCAUCAUGUGGGCGACUGUUUUGCUACAAGAACACCCGGAAGUGUUGCAGAGAGCCAAGGCAGAGCAAGAAGAGAUUUUAAAGAGGAGGCCACCAACACAGAAGGGACUGACACUUAAGGAAUAUCGAGAAAUGGAAUAUCUUUCUAAGGUGAUCGAUGAAACUCUUCGGUUUGUAUCAUUCUCACUCGUGGUGUUUCGAGAGGCGAAUAAAGAUGUCAAUAUAAAUGGUUAUAUCAUUCCAAAGGGAUGGAAAGCUUUGGCCUGGUUUAGGAGCGUUCACUGGGAUUCUGAAAUAUAUCCAAAUCCCAGAGAAUUUAACCCUUCUAGAUGGGAUAACUAUACACCGAAACCAGCAACUUUUCUUCCCUUCGGAGCUGGAAGCAGGCUGUGCCCGGGAAAUGAUCUUGCUAAGCUGGAAAUUGCUAUUUUCCUACACCAUUUUCUUCUUGGUUAUGAGGUGGAGCGAAUUAAUCCUCAGUGCCCAAUGAUCCACUUGCCUCAUCCUAGGCCAAAAGACAACUGCUUGGCAAGAAUCAAGAAAUGUGCGCGUUCACGUGCAUAGAAGCAAAUUCAAUUCCUACAGGACCUAAAAUGCAGCGGUUUCGGCUGCCUCAUAUUAUGUUCUAUGUUUUGCAAGCUUUGAACUUGGAUAUCUGCCCAUUUGUUAGCAUUCCAGGAGCCAGUAUGCUUCCAACAGUGUGGCAGCAAGUUUGAAUUUGCGGUUUAGGUUUAGCGAUUAAGGGGUUAGUUUCUGGCAAGAAAAGGCAAAUCUAUGAGAGCUGGGAAUUGUGUUUGCAAGAAUGUUGUGUGUAAUCAUGAUUUUUUAUUUACGAGUAGUCUUUUGCAGUUAAUCCUACCA